AUGAGAAGAAGUGCAAAAAGUGCAAGGUAUAACGAUACUAGGAGGCUAUUGAGCAAGCUUGAAGAUGAUGAUUGGACUGGCAUACUCCAGUCAUAUUCUCAAGUCGAAUACGAGACUUCUCUCUUUGUUGACAAGCAUGUAUUUGUCGUAUCAACACCCGCUAUGAAGUGUAACUCUGAUUGUCCAAGUGUGGCCAUGGAUGCAGAUUUCGGAACUCGUAGUGUCAACAUUCGCAAUUUCACUCUUCCAAGGGAUCUCCCACGAUUGUCAAUUGGAACUUUUCCUCUUUCAGAGAUCGCAAAAGCCUUUCACAUUGCGGAAGCAAAAGUUACUUCUGAUUCAGACAACAUGGAGAACUUCGACAUUGUAAUGCAGAAUUGCGGUGAUUUUCCGGCCCACAUGUUGACCGUUUUGAACGUCAAUUUCGAUCACGACAUGGUUCGAUUCAUAGCCAAGAGGCUUCAAAAGACACGCCGUGCGUUUGGUCGGUUCGUUCGCACCAAUCCUAACGCAAUGAGCUUGCUAUCCGACAAGAACCUGCUUGGUGAACUAACAGAUCUGCAAUUGCUCGAGUUGCUCGUGGAGUCGAGAGUGAAACAUCUCUAUGAUUCAUCGACGACACCCCUGAGCGAUAGCUACAUGGAUCCUUCGCAGGGUUGCAGCACUCGCUAA